AUGAAGCUGUACAAUGCCUGCCUCUACGCCGGCCUGUUGACGGCAACCGCCGCCACCGAGCUUCUCACCCCGGACAAGGUGGAGGCCGGCAUUCAAAAGGACCGGCUGGAAAACAUCCUCUGGAAUCUGAACAAGAUCGGCGACGACCACGGUGGAAACAGGGCGUUUGGCACAAGCGGCUACAAGGCGUCGCUGGACUUUGUCCUCGAACGCGUCGUCAACCGCUUUGGCAAACACCUCAACACCUUUGUCCAGCCCUUUGACCACCUCUUCCACCAAGUAAAGAAGAUCCAAGUCAAGGGCCCCGACGGCGCCCAAGUGUACGUCAUCUCCCUGCAGUACAACCCGGGCACUCCCCUUCCCGACGGCAUCACCGGCGAGCUCGUCCAUGUGCCCUACGAGGCGGACCGGGGCAGCGGCUGCUUUGAGGACCAGUGGAAGAACAUUGAUGCCCAGGGAAAGGUUGCCCUGCUGAAGCGAGGAGGCUGUGCCUUUGCCGACAUGACGCUGCUGGCAAAGGCAGCCGGAGCCAAGGCCGUCAUCUUCUACAACAACACCCCCGGCAAGAACUACAGCACCGCUACGCUGCAGGCGAAAAACGUCGGCAAGCUGAUUCCGUCUGGGCUCGUUUCCCUAGAGGACGGUGAAGCCUGGGCCGCGCGUGUUGCCGCCGGCGACAAGCUCAGCGUCACCCUGGUCGUCGAUGCCGUCUCCGAAACCCGCGAGACGUGGAACAUCAUCUCGGAGACCAAAGCCGGCGACAAGAACAAUGUCGUCAUGCUGGGCGCCCAUCUGGACAGCGUCCUCCCGGGGCCCGGGGUCAACGACGACGGCAGCGGAACCGCCGCCUUGCUGGAGAUUAUCGAGCAGUUGAUUCGAUAUGACGGCAUCAAGAAUACGGUUCGCGUCGCGUGGUGGGGAGCAGAGGAGAGCGGCUUGAUCGGAUCGUUGUACUACGGUUCCAACCUCACCGAGGCGGAAGCCGACCGCAUCAAGUUCUACUUCAACUACGACAUGAUUGGAUCGCCCCACCCCGAGUUUGUCGUCUACGCAAACGACGAGGGACACAAGUUUGGCGGCGCACCCUUGUUCGACUAUUUACAGGCUCAGGGCAAGCCAGCCGAGUACAAGAAAUUCGGUUCUUCGUCCGACUACGUCGCUUUUCUCAACCUGGGAAUUCCAUCGUCGGGCCUAUUCACUGGUGCCUCGCCCGACACUGACCCGUGUUACCACCAGGCUUGCGAUACCGUCAACAACAUCAACUGGGAUGCCCUGACUGUCAACACCAAGGCCGCGGCCCGGGUUGCGGCCCAAUUUGCGCUGAGCCUGGAGGGUGUUCCGCCCAGGAACAAGACGACGAUUAACCCAAGAAGCAGACGGGGUGUCAGGAGAGCGUUCGAUGACUGGGCUGAGGCCGUGGACGUGGCUGAGAAGACACACAACUGCGGCUCGGGCGAUAGUCUGUAUUAG